ACAUUUGCUGGCAUUGUAAGAAGUCAAGGAGAUUUUUUUUUACUCCUCAUUCCUAUAGGACUGCAAGCUGCAAGAGGUUCAUAUUUCAAGACCUACAGUGAGGAAUGAACAGCCAAGCAGAUGCUUCAGGCCUGUUCUUCAACACUUCCCUGGAAAGUUCAGAGCAAUGUGGCAAGGAGACCCAUAUGGAAAACAUCCUUUUUGCUACUUUUUACCUUGUGGAUUUCAUGCUAGCCUUUGUUGGCAAUGCUCUGGCUCUUUGGCUUUUUAUCCGGGACCAAAAGUCAGACACCCCAGCCAACAUUUUCCUGAUGCAUCUCGCUGUGGCCGAUUUGUCUUUUGUGCUAGUUUUACCAACUCGGCUCGUAUACCACUUUUCAGGCAAUCACUGGCCAUUUGGAGAGAUCCCAUGCCGACUCACAGGCUUUCUAUUCUACCUCAACAUGUAUGCCAGCAUCUACUUCCUCAUGUGCAUCAGCAUAGAUCGCUUCCUAGCCAUCGUACACCCUGUAAAGUCUCUCAAACUCCGCAGAUCACUCUAUGCCCAUUUGGCCUGUGCUUUCCUGUGGGUGAUAGUUGCGGUGGCAAUGGCACCUCUUUUGGUCAGUGUGCAGACAGCUGAGAUGAACAACACCACCAUCUGCCUGCAGCUGUAUAGAGAAAAGGCAUCACGCCAUGCUCUUGUGUCACUGGCCGUGGCGUUUACUCUUCCAUUUUUUACGACCGUGACCUGCUACUUACUGAUUAUACGAAGCUUGAAGAGAGGGAACCGAAUUGAGAAUCAUCUAAAGGAAAAAGCCAUCAAAAUGAUCAUCAUGGUUCUUAUGAUCUUCUUGGUCUGCUUCGUGCCCUACCAUAUCAACCGCUACAUUUACAUCCUCAAUUAUGAUGGUGUGAAGACUUCUUGUGAAAUGCAGCGGAUCCUGGCUCUCGGCAAUCGCAUUACUUCUUGUCUCACCAGCCUAAACGGUGCCCUAGAUCCUGUCAUGUAUUUCUUUGUUGCUGAGAAGUUCCGCGAGGCUUUGUGUGGCUUGUUUUGUAGCAAAAGGGCUGCAAGGCUACCUUCAAGUUACGAUGGGAAAACAAAUGACAGCUCCUUAAGUGCUAAAUCUGAACUGUAAAUAUAUGGAAACAAAUGCUUUAAAAAAAAAGACAUUUCUAUCCAAUAGAAUUAAAUCCCCCAGGCAACAGAGUAGUGUUUCUCAAAGAGCACAGCCAAAUCUCCUGCUUCAUUCCUGAGAAAACAAAGAAAAUAUACAGAGGAAUCUAACUGGGGAGGGUGGUGGUGGGUGAUUUGCCACUUCCAAAGCACUGGCAGCUCGUGCGUCUAAGACAAGAGGUGCCCCACCCA